AGCUGUUUGACUGCUGGUGGCGGCCAUUACUGCGUCUAGGCGAGUUCGUUCGGUUUCGAGUUUCCCUGUGACCGCACGCAUUCUACCCUCAGUAUUCCCCUUCUCCUCAGUAUUCUUGCUUCUCAUUCUCUACUGUCAUUAGAAGAAACUGCAAGUAUCACUGUGUUGUAAAGAAAUUUGUUCUUCAUAUUCAUCAUGUCAAGAUUCAUCUUGUGUCUCUGCGUUGCCCUGCUGCAACUUGUCUCGGAGGCAACGCUUUCCGAUCCGAUUUACGAAGGCGAUACCUGGGUGGAAAAGGAUAGCCCAUUAAGAAUUGUCUGCAAGAUUCCUAUGCAUGAGCCAUACACUUUGCAAUGGACAAUCAACAACAAACCACUUGAUUUAUCUCUGACCGGAGAGAUAGGAUACACCAUUGUCGAUGACUUCCUCGAGUCAGAGUCCGCGCUGGUGUCGAUCUUGAGUGUCCCUAAGACUCAGCCCAUACACGCCGGGUCGUAUCGUUGUAACGAAUUCUCUUCCCACGGGCAUCUAGUUCUGGUCCUCGGCGGUGAGGAGGUCGAGAUCGGAUUCAAAUAUGGUCAGAGUGAGCUUAUCUUGAAUUGCUCUCUGCCCGACGAUAAAGUUUCAUGGUAUCAUAAUCGUACAUUGUUGGUUGAGACAGACAACCUGAAGCUAACGCAUGAAAAUGGCGUACACAUGCUGAAAAUUAUCAAGCCGAAAGUGGCCCAUAUUGGCAGUUAUACAUGCGAAGGCAGUGGGAAAUCAGUUACAGACAUCCGUGUUGCUAUGGAGCCGAUUGUUGCUGCCUUGCCCACAUCCUUCAAUAUUGUCGAAGGGGAGAACUUCCGUUUGCCGUGCGUUGUAUACGGUUCUCCAACUCCAAUCGUCGAAUGGCGACGAGAGGGAGAAGAAGGUCAAUGGGAAUCCCUGGUUGCUGAUGGUCAUUUCAUGUUCGAACCAAACAACGAAGGAAUCGCCAACGGCACACUAUUGAUUGAAGAAGUCAAGCUUGAUGAUCGCGAUAACUACAUGUGCUUUGCUUUCAAUGAACUCGGCAACCACAACGGCACCACAUUGAUCCGUGUCAUUGAUAAAUAUGCCGCAUUAUGGCCGUUCCUCGGCAUUUGCAUCGAAGUCAUUGUUCUAUGCGCCGUCAUCUUUGUGUGCGAAAAGCGUCGAAACAAGAAGAAAACCGACAAUGAAUCCGACAAUGAGCAAAACAAUACUGUGAGACACGGUUCUUCGCAGCGAUCUUUUUAUCGCUUGGAAAAUAUUGCGUCUAAUUUAUCCGUGGCCGACUUGAAGAAGAAUAUAUUAUUGAAAGCAGGACUGGACAGUCAAUGUCAGCUAGAGCUCAUCUACUCUUGCAGACCUCUUAGGGAUGAAGCCACAUUAAACACGUUGGAGCAUGUUGAAAGUGGUGCCAAAAUGAUAUAUGCCACUGUUGUGAAGCCAGCUGAGAGAGAACAACCAAAAAAGUUGAAUGCAGUUGAGCAGCACCAACUAUUUUUAGCUUUCAGAGCAGCUGUGACAAAUCCAAACUUUCGUCUUACUCUGCAAAAUUUAUCAAGACCUGAAAACAUUCAGUCACUGACUGAAACUGUUCCAGGAUUGGCUGAUGAUGAAGUAGCUCUUUCUAUGCUUCAAGACUGGGAACUACUUUUGCAUUUAGCUGAUCCAAAAAUUGUACAAGUACUUGUGGAAAAGCACCCAGCUCUUGUUGAUGCAGCUAGCCGAAUGAUGAACUCUGUUUCUGAAUCUCUAGUCCCAGGUGCGAAUCAGCGACGAAGAUCCAACAGUGCCGGUUGGCUUGCUAGAUCUCUUGGUGCUGAUUUAGAAGAUGAUGGCAUGGACGAAGACGUCCCGCAAGAUCAACCUAAUUCAAAUCAACAAGCUAGUAGAUCACAAGCAGCUUUCGGGAGUGGAAUCACACCAGCUCAGCUAGCCGCUGCGCUGAGCUUUGCCCAGAAUAGCAUUCGCCAGCCCUUGCCGUCGACAACAACAACACAACAGCAGCAGCAGCAACAACCACGUGUUUCACCCGGAAUAUCCCUGCAACAGCCAGAACAGUCAACGCCUAGGCCACGCAACGAUGGAUUGACUCCAGAAAUGUUUACUCAAGCACUUUUGCAAGCCAUGAAUCAGAUGGGAGGAGGAUCCGUCAGUAAUAACACUAGCGGGAAUGUAGCAAUGGCCAGCGGCAUUGGAACUAGUAGUAGUGUUGAAGCCCAAUCCCGUCGUGACACCGAGGAUGAUGCUCCUUUGCGAGAGCAGUUUGGCCGUUUUCUACCCCAAAUGCGUGAGUAUGGAAUCACCGAUGACAACCUCAGUCUAAGGGCGUUACAAGCUACAAACGGUGACGUCGAAGCAGCACUUAAUCUCAUAUAUGCCGGACUCGUUGACGAUUGAUUGAAAUAUUUUUGUUUAAACCAUUAAAAUUGCUAAAAAAUAAAAAAAAUGACUAUAAAGUGGGAAUAUCUAAUGCAGUUGGUCAUCGUUU